AUGCGCUCAUAUCUAAACAUGAAAAAUACAAAUAGUAAAAAACCAAUAAACGUACCUGAUAAAAUCGUGCUUGGAAACAGUAGUAAUAAUACUCAAUGCUAUUUAUAUAAAGUUUGCCAAAGUGAUGUAAACGCUAAUAUGAACAUUGGUGUAAAUUCUGGCACAAACAUAAGUGGUGAUGUAAAUGUCAGUGUAAACUCUAGUAUAGAUGCUGAUAUAAACUUUGGUGUGAAUGCUGAUAUAAAUUUUGGUGUGAACGCUGCUAUGAACUUUGGUGUAGACGCUGCUAUAAACUUGGGCAUAAAUACUGCUAAAAACUUUGGCUUAGACACUGCUAUGAACUUUAGUAUAGAUGUUGUUAUGAACUUUGAUGAGGAAGCUGCUAUGAACUUUGGUAUAGAUGCUUUUAUGAACUUCGAUAAGGAAGCUGCUAUGAACUUUGGUUCAGACAGUUUUAUGAACUGUGGUUCAAAUGGUUUUAUGAACUUUGGCUUAGACGGUUUUAUGAACUUUGGUGUGGAUGCUGUAAAUGUUGAUGCAGAUGCUUCUUUGGACAUUGUUGUGAACUCUUGCAUAGAUGCUAGUGUGGAUGUUAGUGUAGACGUUGACAUGAUUUCUAAUAUAGAUAUUGGUGUAGUUGCCGAUAUGAAUGUUGGUGUAGAAGAUGAAAUCUUAUAUGAAGGCGAAAUGUCACGUGAAAAUGGCAAACAUAUAAAAACAUUAUUUUAG